UGUGAAACGGCGACGCGCGCAGUCUGUCUCGUGACGGGGUCGGUGGCGGAUCGUUUGUAUGUGAGGGCUCUCCUCUCUUUCCUUCCGCCCUUUUUCUCUUUGCACGAUCAGCCCACGGAAUAUCUGGACGUCGGACGUCCAUUUGUGGGAUUCGGCGGGUAGAGACUCAUUAGGCGACAUUAGGACAUAUUACUCGCGCUCGUUCCAUCCACGUUCGUCAUGACGGAAGAAGCCCGCAAGGAAGUCCGCGUCUGGUGCGACGGGUGUUACGACAUGGUACACUUCGGACAUGCAAAUUCCUUGAGACAAGCGAAAGCUUUAGGCGAUUAUCUGGUGGUAGGAGUCCACAAUGAUGAGGAGAUCACAAGACACAAGGGCCCACCAGUCUUCACUGAGCAAGAAAGGUACAAAAUGGUGCGCGGCAUCAAAUGGGUAGACGAAGUAGUCGAAGCCGCGCCCUACGUCACUACAUUAGAAACAUUAGAUAAGUACAACUGUGACUUUUGCGUUCACGGCGAUGAUAUCACAAUGACGGCUGAUGGCGUAGAUACGUAUCAUUUAGUCAAGGCAGCCGAUCGCUACAGAGAAGUUCAACGAACAGCUGGCGUCUCAACGACCGAUCUUGUAGGACGCAUGUUGCUGAUGACACGACAGCAUUUUCGACAAGGCGACAACGAGUACAGCGUCGAUAGAGAACCGAGCAAGAGCAUGGGUCAGGAUAGAACUGCCCGGAGUCCGUGGACCGGUUGUUCGCAAUUUUUACCGACUACGCAGAAAAUUAUACAAUUCAGUGACGGCAAGAGUCCGCAGCCGGAUGAUAAAAUUGUGUACGUGGCGGGCGCCUUCGAUCUUUUCCACGUGGGACAUUUGGACUUCUUAGAAGUUGCCAAGAAGGAAGGUGAUUAUCUAAUAGUUGGCUUGCACACGGAUCCUGCAGUUAAUCGAUACAAAUGUGGCAAUCAUCCCAUUAUGAAUCUUCAUGAACGAGUUCUCAGUGUGUUAGCGUGUAAGUAUGUUAAUGAAGUGGUAAUUGGCGCGCCGUACGCAGUGACAAGAAAUCUGAUGGAGCACUUCAAUGUAUCUGUCGUAUGUCAUGGACAAACACCUAUAAUGCCUUGCGAGGAUGGUUCGGAUCCAUACGCGGAGCCCAAGAAACAAAAUAAAUUUAAAUUGUUAGACAGCGGUAACGACAUGACAACGGAAAAAAUCGUUGAAAGAAUCAUUCUUCACAGGUUGGAAUACGAGGAUAGAAAUUUAAGGAAGGAGAAAAAAGAGCUUGCCGCUUACGAAGCCUUCAUGAAGUCUAAGAAAAAUGACAGGAUUGAAUAAUUGUUUAUUUUAUUUCCGCGAACAUUCGCAUCGUGUAUGUGUGAUGAUCAAAUUUUAUAAAGUUAAUAUGUAAAUUUGAUAUCACACCGACACUUAAUUUAUCAUUUCGAAAUGCCUUACAUAGUUGAAGUGAAUAUUUAUAAUCAAUCAACAUGUUAGAAAUGUCGAUUAGCAAUGUGGAAAUUCGUUCUGUUUUUAAUCUGUUGCAAAAUGCAACAGAAAAUACACAACGAUUGUGAAAUUAUGCAACACUUUAUAUGCACGAUGUAUCAGAACUAUUCGGUCUAUGAAUUUUUCUUUUAUCAAUUUAUUUUUUUCUUUAAAUAAAUAAAAAUUAAUAUAUUAUUU